AUGCAUCCCUGGAUCUCGUAUGUGUUGCUGAGUGCAGCGUCAGUGUGCACGGCUGACGUGAUUGGCACUUAUGGAGAGAUGUGUCAAAGACUGUGUGCCUGCGAGGAGAGAGAGGGGAUACUUACAGUGAGCUGCGAAAACAGAGGAAUUGUGAGUCUGGCAGAUCUAACCCCGGUGCACUUCCCCCAGUAUCAUCUGCUGCUCACAGGGAAUCUGCUGAAGAAGCUGUCUGCCAAUGAUCUUGUCGAGUACAAGGGACUUACAAUACUGCAUCUGGGAAAUAACGACAUAUCUGAGGUGGAAGCGGGAGCGUUCAACGGGCUUCCGGGAUUAAAGCGCUUGCAUCUGAACAACAACAAAAUUGAUGCCUUGAAGGAAGAGUUGUUCUUUGGCCUUGAAAGUUUGGAAUAUCUACAACUCGAUUAUAAUUAUAUCACCCAUGUGGCGCCCAACGCCUUCAGCCGGCUGCGGCAUCUGGAGGUCCUGAUUCUGAAUGACAACUUGAUAUCCACUCUGCCGGUGAAUAGUUUCCAGCACGUGCCGUUGACUCAUUUGGACUUGAGGGGGAAUCAGCUCAAAGUGCUCCCCUACUCGGGACUGCUGGAGCACAUGAACGGCGUCGUGGAGCUACAGCUGGAGGAGAACCCCUGGAACUGCUCCUGCGAGCUGAUCGCCCUCAAAACCUGGCUGGAGAGCAUAUCGUACAUGGCUCUGGUCGGGGACGUCGUCUGCGAGUUCCCGUUCCGGCUCCACGGCAGGGAUGUAGAUGAGGUCUCAAAACAGGAGUUGUGCCCGAGGAGAGCCAUCGCUGAAUAUGAGAUGCCACCCCUGCCGCAUUUGAGCAGCGAUGCAUACUUCAGGACCACGCCAAGUCUCGUUACAGCUUCCUUCACUUCAUCUGGGAUCGCGCGGUCCUCAUCAAGACCCACCAAGGCCCCUCGACAAUCUGGCAAAUUAAAAGCGAGGCCCACGGCUCGCGUCCCGUCUAAUAAGCCACAAAAUUAUGGACAAAUCAUUUCAUAUCAGACCAAAUCCCCCGUGCCUUUAGACUGCCCGACUGCCUGCACCUGCAAUCUUCAGAUUUCAGACCUCGGCCUGAACGUGAACUGCCAGGAGAAAAAGAUUGAGCAUAUAUCGGACUUAAAUCCCAAACCCUACAACCCCAAAAAGAUGUAUCUCACUGGGAAUUACAUCCCUGUCGUGCGUCGAUCAGAUUUCAUUGAGUCGACUGGGUUAGAUUUGCUUCAUCUUGGCAACAAUCGAAUAGCUCGCAUCCACGACAGAGCGUUUGGCGACCUGACACAUCUGAGAAGACUUUACCUCAAUGGGAAUUUGAUAGACCGUCUCAAAGCGGACAUGUUUUACGGCUUGGAAACCUUACAGUUCCUAUAUUUAGAAUACAACGUCAUCAAAGAGGUUUCCCCCGACACCUUUCAGCACGUGCCCAAACUUCAGCUUCUGUUUCUCAGCAACAACCUCCUGAAAACGUUACCAGUGGGGACCUUCAAGGGCCUGACGCUAGCCAGGCUAAAUCUUCGCAGCAACCACCUGCGCUACCUGCCGGUCAGCGGCGUGCUGGACCAGCUCACGGCGCUGGUGCAAGUCGACUUGUUUGAGAAUCCCUGGGACUGCUCCUGCACCGUCCUGGAGCUGAAGAUGUGGCUGGAGCAGCUCAGCACAGGCACGGUUUUGAACAAUGUCAUCUGUGGCUCGCCUAAGAAACUAGCCGGGGAGGAUAUGAGAUACAUUAAGACAUCUAAUUUCUGCCCUAAUAACUCUGAUACGCUUGCCUCCGCGAUCCCCCCCUCGGAGGAGUCUUUCCCCGGAAGCACUAUCACCAUAGAAACCUCCCUGGACUCUGACACACAGUACAGCGCCAUCCCUUUGUCUGUGAUGAUUCUUGCCCUCCUCCUCAUGUUCAUCGUGUCUGUGUUUGUGGCCGCGGGAUUGUUCGUGACGAUGAAAAAGAGACAUCAGAAGAAUGAGAAUGAGCACAACAACUCCAUGAACGCCUGCAUCAGCUCUCUCAACAUGGAGUACGGCCUUUACAAGAAGGCGUCCCUCCCCAAAGUCAGGACGUCCGCUGGCCACGUGUACGAGUACAUCCCGCCUCCCACAGACACCUCACGCAGAACCUCCGCUCCCACGCCGACGGACAACAAAUCGGUGGAUGGAUUUAGGGACUUUGAUGAGUUGAGCGGCGCGUUUCUGGGCAACUCGGACGAGGAGGCAGUCAGUAAUGUCAUAAGCUCAGAAUAUAGUGCGGCGACUCCAGAGCCUCUUAACAAGCCAUCCACCCCUCACCAAGACGGCCCGUGUUACUACAGAGACACACACGAGCCCGACAAGCACACGCGCUACAGCAAUACGCUGCCAUGCAGGCACACAGCGCACGCAUCGAGUCAGUACACCUCAGACUUUGAUGCGAGGCCCCAGUACAUGCAGCCAGAGAGAAUACAACAGACGAUACUGUAUUGCACAGCACCAAGUACUGGUUAUGUGGAGCCCAACAGGAGCGAGUACUGGGAACUCAAAGCCAAGCUCCACAUUGAUCCUGAUUACCUUGAGGUUCUCGAAAAGAGAACCACAUUCACACAGUUCUGA